CCGACGAACACGUUCCCUUUUCGAGCUUCGUUCGUUGGAUGCAUUCCUCUAUGUAUCGCAAGAGAUCAGAGAGCCUUUCCGUCAGACGACAUCCUCCACGAUUUCCCUAAUCACAAAGGCGCGGGUGCAAUUCUCGAGAAAGAGAAAACGCAGCGGGUGCCGAAAAGAAAAACGAACAGCCGAGAGAAUCGUCCUUCGAACGUGAGCGAAUUGCUGGAUCCGUCAAUCGAUUGAUUGACUCACUUGCGAGGUUUUUUUCUUUUGAAAAGCACUCCACGGAUUUGCUGGAUUUGUUUUGGCAUACCAUAGAUUCUCCAUACGUUUGUCCACACGGUUCCGAACAGAACCAGUCCGCAAAUGUCCUUUUCGGAUCUUGGUCGACAGGCCAUUUCCGCGUUUUCGUCGCCACCGCCGGCGGCGAUCCGCGGCUCUUCCAGGCGCAGAAAAAGCGAGGGCAGCGACGUCGGCAGAUUCGACAAACACAAACACCACAAACCCCCCACGGCGAGCCGGAGGCAGAGCGACGGCGGUGCCGUUGUCGUGAGCCGCCAGAGGGACUGGAAAACCUCCAGGGGGGUUCGGCCACGAUUGGACCACCUGCAAUGCCCGGUCACCCAGAAAAACCUCCUGGGCCACGACCAAGGCAACGAUGCCUCUCUGGCAUCGACGUCCAUAUCCGCCACGAGCACGGCCACACACGACGACGACGACGACGAGUACUAUAGUUCCAACGAAACCGAGAGCGCGUCCAGCAUCGACCGCCACCGAAGGACAAUGGCACGGGAUAGCGAGCGCGAACGCAGCAGCCGGCGGCUGCCAAAUCACUACCGCCACGGCUCGGGCGAGAAGACGUCCUUGUCCUCCGGGGCCAAACAACCGAGGCAGUCGUCGUCUUCUUCUCUUUCCACCGAGAUUGCCCGGUUUCAGAAAAUGGUGGCCGACCUCGAAUCCGCCUCCCGGGCACCUGCCGUCGCGUCGUCGCCGGAAGCCAUGUGGAAGUCCCGGAUCCUGCUGCGAUCGGCAAGGGACGCGGAAGCCGAUCUCGAGAGGAAGCUCCUCGGCGACAAGGCGCAGCAGAACCAUCGCCCCGGGCAGCAACAGGCUCUUCCCCAGACGGUAGUGGCCGCCAGGAACAACAAGCUCGCACGGGACUUUCGGCGGGCCUCGCAGCAGUUUCGCUCGGUGUUGCAAGCGAUGGAACUCCAGCAGCGCGCCGAAGUCAGCGUGCUGACCUCCAGCGCCGCGGCCGCGGCGGGGGACCCCGAUGGGACGUCCACCGGCCCCACCGCCAAGGCCCAGAAGCUGGAGGAAGAUUUUUUCGAUCGGGCCAUGCGGGAGCGCAACGAGGAAGUCCAAAAGAUCUCCACGAGCAUGCGAAAGGUCAACGAGAUCUACCAGGACCUCGCGGGGCUGGUGGACGGCCAGCAAGAGCAGAUCGAUAAGCUCGAGGACCUCAACGAAGAGGUCAAGGCCGACACCAGGGCCGGGCUCGAGGAAAUCCAGCACGGCAUGUGGAAGCUGUGCGCGGCGGACCACACUUCAGUAUUCAACAGCAGCAGCAGCAACAACAAGGACAACGGCCGCCACCACUCGCUCAUCGACCUUUCGGACGAUGCACCGCUGGAGGAAGGCCCUCCCCCACCGCUCGAUCCCAGCGAUUUGCUGACCUGCAUGAUGUGUCACCACCACGGCGGAACCACUACCGCCUCGUCCCCAUCGCAACACGGGAAGAGCCGGUCUUUCGAUCCCGGCGCGUCGUCGUCGAGCGUUUGGAAGGCAUCUCUCCAAUUGCCAUCGAAUUUCGAGAGCGUCCAGGAAUCGGCACAGGACGCCUACCAGCGUGGCCACGCCAUGGUGGGGGGCAUCGUGGAGCAAGUCCACGAGGUGGUCGCCAACUCGAACCUGCCGUCCUCCCCGGUCGCCCUCCAGCUCCGGGAGGUCCGGAACCGCAUGUAUUGCACGCCGCAGCCGCAAGACUACAACAACGAUUACUAUUGUGACGACGACGACAACGACGAUGGAAUCGAGGAUGGAGACGGCAAGGGACACGAAGCCAAUCGCGAUUGGACUACCAGCGACGAUGGCCCCGAUGAAAACAAUAUUGGAAAGCAUUAUUUUCAGAUUGAAGAGACCAGCAACAGUCCCAGCAGAAGAAGAAGCGGAAACCCAGUUCGGGACGAGGAUUAUCCUCGUCACGAUCAGCAGCAACAAAAACAGCACCGACACGGUCGCCACUCGAAAACAAGGCACAGCAAGAGUUCAAAACAAGUAUCACCUGAAUUCCACAAAAGCAACCAAUACGACGAUUACGGCCAAGAAAGGCAGCGAAGGGAUCGGCGCAAGACCUCCUCUCGUUCCUCUCCAAGAGUUAGAUAGAAAAUACAAAAGAAACAGUUGGGGAUGAAAGGUUUUUUUCUCGAAUGACUUUGAGGAGCAUCAGGGUCACUUUUGGGUUGGAAGGCAUUCAUGUACAGCUACCAAAACAGAAUUGACCAGCUGAAAUGAUGAUGAUGGUGACGACGACGACCACGACGGCGGGGGCGGCGGCGACGAUGCGGAAUGAAGUAUAUUUUUAGUUUGGAAUGGAAUCUUGAGCUCUUGUAACAGUAAACAAGCGGCUAAAAAUGUAGAUAAUUUCAGUGAGUAAUAUAGAUAACGGUAUUUACAAUGGAGGUGUGAAACUAUGAAUUCGAAUCUUUUUGAAGUUUACGGGGAGCUGCCCGGACCUUUCCAGACMCAGUGGAAACGAUCAAUCAAUGGGCGGUUUGAAUUGCUACCAUCCAACAGCAGGAAUGAUGACCCUAGCAUCAUUUCGUCGGAACAAGAAUGAAAAAAAAAACAGAAAAGAGAGAAGUCAACCAUUGUUGGAAAAUUUUUUGGAACUCUGGAGCUCAUAAGAAAAGGUUGUAUCUGCA